UCCGGUUCUCUCCAGUGUAUACUAAAAUCGCUAGAAAUUUUAAGUAUCAGGCUAUCCUCUGCCUGAUAUAUAAAACCAGAAUUUCCCCGGAGAAAUUUGCUGGAAAGACGGAAGAAAUUGAAGUUAGUGAGGUAUGGAGUUUGAGGUGAGAGUGGUAGGGGGACUUGAAAGCUGCUUUGUUUCUCUUCCUCUUUCACUCAUCCAAACGCUUCAGUCUGGUUACCUUCCCCCAAUUCUCGCAAUCGAGCUCUACUCAGGCACACGCCUCUGGCACGUGGCUUGGUGCGGCUCCGCGUCCUCCUCGCCAUCUUCGAUUGAGAUUGCUCGACAGUAUGCGGAUUGCAUUGGAUUGUGUGAUCGUACUGUUGUUAGAGUGCGUGUGGUUAGUAACUUGCCCAAGGCUACACUCGUGACGGUUGAACCGCUUACGGAGGAUGAUUGGGAGAUUCUGGAGCUUAAUUCUGAGCUUGCUGAAAAUGCUAUUUUGGAGCAGGUUGGAAUUGUCCAUGAACAGAUGAAAUUUCCAUUAUGGUUGCAUGGACAAACAGUUGUCAUGUUUCAUGUCAUUUCAACCUUUCCCCAGAAACCAGUAGUUCAACUUGUGCCCGGAACUGAAGUUGCAGUAGCUCCAAAGAGACGUAAAAAUUCUUCCAUGCAAUCUCAAGAGGAGAGUCAUAGAAUUUCAAAAGCGCAGCUGCGUGUUCAAGAUUCAGACAGUAGAUUCAUUUAUAAAUGUGAGGAGAAUGGCAUUAAAAUGGAUGUGAUGUUCACUUCUGGUGCUUUCGUCCAUCCAGAAACAGCUAAAAAGUAUUCACUUAAUUCUCUUCAAUUCGUGGUAAUAUCUCCGCGAUUACCAUCAAAUGAAAGCAAGAAAAGGCUGCAUUCUAGAAGCAAGGCACGUGAAAAGGAUGCCAACAAUGGUAAUCUUACUGAUAAGCAGGAUUGCCAUCAACUUGUUGUUCGCCUAUUAUUGUCUGAAUCAGUGACAAAAGGACACAUAAUGCUGUCUCAGUCUCUUCGCCUCUAUUUGGGAGCGGAACUACACUCUUGGGUACACAUAAAAAUGUGCAACAUUAGCGUGAAGAAAGACAUUCCUCUAGUUUCAAUUUCACCUUACCAUUUCAAGAUGUUUCAAAAGAAUGAGGUUAUUGAGAAUAGCAAUCUAGAAAACGGAAACAACCUCGAGAACCAUACAAGAAAAGAUGAGCUUCAAAGAAUCAGCUCGAAUGCUGAAAUGGGUAUUAGAGAUUGGUCUGUGCACGAGAAGAUUGUUGCAGCUCUUUCUUCUGGAUCUUUGAAUGAUGUGGCUGAAGAGACAAUGACUACGACUGGGGAACCACAUAAGUUUGGUUAUAAAAAUGGUUUAUCAUCUCUUUUAUGUGCGUGGUUCUGGGCUCAGCUUGAUACUGUUGUUUCAAACUCAGAAGAGGAUGUAAGUUCAUUGGUUAUAGGAAGCAAAACACUGCUUCAUUUAAAAGUAAAAAAUCAUGGAUUUCCUAGAAAUGGCAAGCUACAAACAUCCAGUAACAGAUUUCCCAAAAAGGGAAACCAAGACGAAGAACCAUCAGUUGAUGUCCUUUAUGUUUUGUCACUUUCGGAGGAUUCUCAGCAUGAUAAAGACAUUAAUGCAUAUGAACUUGCAUUUGACAAAACCAGCAGCGCCAACUAUACUUUGAGAAGUUUAGAUGUGUUGCUUGGAAAGCUGCAACUGGGUGAUAUAUUAUUCUCUCAUGUAGCUGGUGAGUCACCUCGUGACAAUGUUGUUGCUGCUGCAUUUUCUUCGUUGGAUUGGAUGGGUGCAGCUCCACUUGAUGUAAAUUACAGGUUGACAACUUUAUUAUCCCCUAGCAGCUAUGAUCUUCCUUUGCCUGGGCACAUUUUAAUAUGUGGACCUCCAGGUUCUGGUAAAACAUUAUUGGCCAAAGUCUCUGCAAAAUAUCUUGAAGGAUGUAAAGAAAUUUUGGCACACAUGGUUUUCGUAUCUUGUUCUAGACUCACUUUGGAGAAGCCUCCAACUAUCCGCCAAGCACUUUCCAACUACAUCUCUGAAGCAUUGGAUCAUGCACCCUCUGUUAUUGUCUUGGAUGAUCUAGAUAGCCUAAUUGCACCUUCCUCAGAUUUGGAGGGAUCCCAACCUUCAUCGUCUUCUGCAGCACUCAUUGAGUUUCUUGCUGAUAUAUUAGAUGAAUAUGAGGAAAAACGAAGGAGCCUGUGUGGAAUUUGCCCCAUAGCAUUCAUUGCUACAGCACAAUCCCUGACUAGUUUUCCACAGAGCUUAAGCUCUUCUGGAAGAUUCGACUUUCAUGUCAAUCUGCCAAUACCUGCUGCUACUGAACGUUCUGCCAUGUUGAAACAUGAGAUCCAGAAACGAUCCUUGCAGUGUUCUGAUGAUCUGUUGUCAGAUAUAGCAUCUCAAUGUGAUGGAUAUGAUGCUUAUGAUCUGGAAAUACUGGUUGACAGAUCUGUGCAUGCGGCCAUUGGUCGCACAUUAUCUGCUGAUUUGGGCUCCGGAGAAAAUGAGAAACCUACUUUAGUCAGGGAUGACUUUCUGCAGGCAAUGCAAAAUUUCCUUCCAGUGGCCAUGCGGGACAUCACUAAACCUGCUACUGAAGGUGGUCGCUCUGGUUGGGAAGAUGUUGGAGGUCUUAAUGACAUUCAAAAUGCUAUUAAAGAGAUGAUUGAGCUACCUUCAAAAUUUCCAAAUAUCUUCGCUCAAGCUCCAUUGAGGAUGCGGUCCAAUGUUCUCUUAUAUGGCCCCCCUGGUUGUGGAAAAACUCAUAUUGUUGGUGCUGCUGCUGCUGCCUGUUCACUACGAUUCAUCUCAGUGAAAGGACCCGAGUUGCUUAACAAAUAUAUUGGUGCUUCUGAACAAGCUGUUCGGGAUAUCUUCUCAAAGGCGGCUGCAGCAGCGCCAUGCCUUCUAUUUUUUGAUGAAUUUGAUUCUAUUGCUCCAAAGAGAGGGCAUGAUAAUACUGGAGUGACUGAUAGAGUUGUCAAUCAAUUUCUGACAGAAUUGGAUGGUGUUGAAGUCUUGACUGGUGUAUUUGUUUUUGCUGCUACAAGUCGGCCGGAUUUGCUUGAUGCUGCACUCUUACGGCCUGGUAGGCUGGACCGACUAUUAUUUUGCGAUUUCCCAUCACAGCAGGAGAGGUUGGAUAUUCUUAAGGUCCUUUCAAGAAAGUUACCAAUGGCCAGUGAUGUUGACUUGGAACACGUAUCCCACAUGACUAAAGGCUUUAGUGGAGCGGACCUUCAAGCACUUCUUUCCGACACACAACUUGAAGCAGUUCACGAGCUUUUGGACAGGGAAGAUGGCGGUGAAACUGGAAAGAUGCCUGUGAUCACGGGUGCUCUUCUGGAGUCCAUCGCAUCCAAGGCUAAACCAUCAGUUUCAGAAGCUGAGAAGCGAAGGUUGUAUGACAUUUACAGCCAGUUUCUCGAUUCAAAGCGGUCUGUCACUGCACAGUCAAGAGAUGCAAAAGGCAAAAGAGCAACGCUAGCUUAAUCACCUAGAACACAGGGGAAAGCCCAAAGCGCCACUCCGAGCCACACCUGGCAGAGAAUUUCUUAUAUUCGUUCAUUUUAGAUAUUCUCAUUAUGUAAUAUAAUAUAUCACAUAAUGCCCGCUGGCCAGAAGCUUUGCGGUUGUUGUAUUAUGAAUUUGACUAGGACAAAAUUGUUGGUUUAUCAUGAUGGUUCCGGACACCAGUAGAUUGUGUCGACAGGCUUAUGAGUGAUGUGCUUCCAAGAAUCUCACCAUCUCUACAGUCUGAAAAGUGGCAAGCGAACAAAUAUGCCCCUUGCCUAAUGUGCCAGAUGUAUCGAGAAACUCUAGUUUAGACUGGUUAUUCAAGCAAACCACAUUCAUAUAGAUGUUUGAACGUUAAAGAAAACGAUCAAUAAAAUAUAAAUAUGCUGACA